AUGCUUGCAGCUAUCCACAUACCCAUCAUCCGAACCCAGUUUCAGUUCUGUCGAAACUUCUCCCCUGCUUAUGCAAUCACUCUCCAGAACACCUCCAAGAACUGGCAACAGCUGAGACAAGAUAAACUGACGGCCAGCACAUUCGCGGCGGCUGUCGGGUUCUGGCCUCGCCAGAGGGUGCGGCUCUGGCGAGAAAAGAUCGGAGCAGUCAAGCCGUUCUCAGGUAACCUGUCCACCUCCUGGAGUAACAUCAAAGAAGCAGAAGCUCUUCAAAAGUACAAGAUGAUAACCCAACUCGAUGUCUCCCCUGUUGGGUUCCAAGUCCAUAGCAGAGCUGAUUGGCUUGCAGCUUCACCAGAUGGAAUAAUCGAGUCGAGUGGAGUACUUGAAAUCAGGUGCCCAUUUUUCGAUGGGGAGAAGAGCAGGGCGUGGCCGUGGAGGCGCAUUCCGGCGCAGUGUGUCCCCCAGGCGCAGGGGCUGAUGGAAAUUCUUGACAAGGAGUGGAUGCAUUUCUAUGUUUGGACUAUAAAUGGGAGCAGCUUGUUUAAGUUGUAUAGGGAUAGGGAUUAUUGGGGUGUUUUGGAGCAGGGUCUUUCAGAUUUUUGGUGGAGACAUGUGGUGCCGGCGAGGGAGAUUUACAGUAAGAGAUCGGAGAUGGUGGGGAGAACGCAUUUGUUGUUGAAACCGUUGAGGCCGGCAGAGAGGCAUGAGAUGAUUGAGCGUAUAGUUUGUGACAGUAGGAGGAUUGUUUGUAGGUCUGAGUUGUUGCUGCGUGAAGUUCAUGGCAAAAUACAAAAUUGA